GUCAACAGAAGUUCGAGGCCGAUCAAAUGGAGAGGGUGUCCAGGUAUGCAGCUGAGCGCGAACUCGAUGUGCCCGGCACGGGUGGUGCAAGGGGAGGAGAGGCGGGGCGGCAUCAGGUGGAGGGAGGGGUCGGGGGAGAUGGUGGGCAUGAUGCGCCAGACCCCACUUUGGGUGGUGGAGGCGGUGAGACGGAGGAGGGCGUGAUCCACGUCGAUCGCGAGGCGAGUGGCCCGGGCGAGGAGGGAGUCCCGGAACGGGAGGACGUGCCAGAGUUUUAUCCAGGCACUGGGGAGAGGUUGGAGGACUGGUGGAGGCGAGCAGGCAAGGGAGCUGCAACGGAGGGUUCCCCGCGCGCUGUGCUCCCCAACCACAGCGAGAUUGCGAGUAUGCGGGCGGUGGAGACCCACCGUGCGGAGUUGACGGAGGAGUUGGAGGAGGUGAGGCAGCCAUUCUGGGUGACAAGUGUCACCCUCCUCUCCGAUGGGAGGAAAUCACGAGACGGGACACCGAUCGUGAAUUUCCUUGCCGCUGGCUCGCGAGGGGUCGUCGUGUACACGACGAUCAAUCGAGAGGGCGAGGCGGACGAUGUAGUGCAUGUCCUUUGGAAAUGGGUUACCAUCUUCCACGAGUUCAGCUUCCGUGGGCCGCAGCAGAUCAAUGCGAUAUGCACUGACUCCGCUUCUGCCUAUGUGGGGGUUGCAAGAGCAUUGGCCUCGCCGUCCAUGCCUCCUGCACUGAGAAGGAUCACUUGGCUCCUGUGCUCCAUCCAUGUCUGCAACAAAUUGUUGUCAGACAUGGGGACGAGUUGCGACGUGUUUGUGGACGCGAUCACACGCGCUCGUGUGCUGGUGGUGUUUUUCAAAACCCACCAAGCCGCCCUUCAUUUUUUUAGGACGCACAACCCUGACAAGGGGCUUAUUCUUUCUUGUGAGACGAGGUUCACGUCUGUUUACUCCAUGCUAGAGAGGCUAUUGGCCCUGCAGGACACUCUGCAGGACAUGAUGCGAGGGGAUGAUGCGUGGGCUUUUGCUUCCAUCCCGUGGUACGCCGAUGUGUGCGUCAUGACGCGUUGGGUGCGCCGACAGAUCAGAUGGGAUCCAUGGUGGCAGAGGGUGGCCACCAUCGUCCAUAUCAUGCAGCCCGUCAUGGAGUUGCUUAGGCGGAUGGAUCGUGGAGGACAGGACAUGUCCCUCAUGAUCGAGUGGACGCAGGAUCUUGUCCGCUGUGUUACGGACGCAUGCGCCCCUUUGGGAAAGUCGUUCGCCAACCGGAUCAUCAAGCGUGUGCAGGCUCGCACACAGCACAUGCUUGAGCCAGCUCACUGCGCAGGGUUCUUACUGAACCCCCGCACGCGACACGUUCGCUACUUUUCGGGCCAGGUAGAUCGGUACGAUGCUUGGCUUGUGGGGCAACCCAAGAGGUACAUGCUGACGCAUACGGGAUUCGAGCUGGAGGGUGCGGAGUACAUCCUUGCAUGUCGGCAGUUUGAGGACUUCCACAUUCAGCAGGGCAGGUUCGGGGAUUGGGGCGGGCCGGAGGGGAGUGCUCGUGGGUGCACGUGCAGUGGCGACAGCGAGACGAUUGAGUGCGCGUCUUGGUGGUCUCAGUUCGGGUCGGGCGCGCCAGAGUUGCAGCGUUGUGCUCUUCGGGUGAUGCACAUGUGGUCUUGCGCCUCUCCAGCGGAGAGGAACUGGGCAGUCCACGAGGGCGAUCACACGAAGAAGCGCAACCAGUUGGCCUUCGAGAAGGUCGUUCAACUCGUUGAGAUCACCGCAAAUGUGCGGUUGAGUGAGUAUCGGCGGGCUGGAUGCGGUUAUGUGCUGCCAUGGCAGCGGGACGAGGGCAUGCUGGAUUGCCAGGCAGGACUCAAGUUGGAGCCUGUGUGCUCGGGGACUCGCAGGGGCAUGAUGGAGGAGGAGAUUGUCCGUCAAGUUGUACUUAUUACCCGGGAUCCCAUCGGGGCGUCCGCACCACCCUCUGCUGAUGUCGUUUUCGAUAGACGUGCUUGCAUUUUUCGUCCCUACCCCUGGGAGGACGGCUCGGACGAGGAGCCGGUACCCGACGCGGCAGAUGACCCUGCGCUCCGCAUUCCCCGCGAGAUCGACGAGACGCACGAGGAUCCCGACUCCGCGGAGACGAGGGCACACACUGCACGACGGGCGGCGGACCGGGCGGAGAGGGAGAUGCAGAGGGGGAGAGGAGGAGUUUUGGGGCCCAUUCGGGCGGAGUUGGGGUCGUCUUUGCCUCAGAGCGGACUUCUCCACAGAGGCGGGGCAGUCCGCCAGCUGAGGUUACGAUCACCUUCCCCGGGGAUAUUGCAGGAGGAGGGGGCACCGCCGGCAGCAGCAGUGGAGAGUUCAGUGGCACCAGCGGUGGUGCCGGACGCGACGAUCUUAGCCGCGGUGGAGGAGAUAGCAGCAACAGCAGCAGCAGCAGUGCUGGAGGAGAUAGCAGCAUCAGUGCUGGAGGAGGAUCCACCAGCGGCAAGAGGAGGUGCAGCAGUGGAGGGGAAGGUGGCAGCAGCAGGAGGAGCAGGUGGAGGAGCAGCAGCAGUGGAGGAGAAGGAGGCACCGUCGGCAGCUGCAGUGGAGGGGGAGGUGCCAGGACCAGUGGAGGAGGAGAUAGCCGCACAGGCCAAGGUGCAGCGUGGGGGCGAUGACGAGCACCUCAUGCAGCAGUUCCUCACGGAGGAGCUCGAUCCGGUCAUAGAGGGUAUGACCUCGGGUGUGGCGAGGGGGUUUAGGAUUUCGGAUUUGGAGAUGGGGACCCACUUAGACUUAGAUUUGUCGAUGGGCCUUCCACCUAGUUGCGGCGGGGCGACAUCGACGGACCGGGCUCCAUCGAGGGACGAUGCGCCAGGACAGACUUCGACGCAGACCGCGAGAGAGASGACGACGACUGAGUCUCCAGAUGCAGCACGCGACAUCAUGGAGCGAGAGAGGGCUCGACUUUUGGCAUCGAGUGACCCGCGUGCUCAGUCACUCGCACGGGCCGUAGAGGAGGCCAAGCGUCUAGAGAUAGGGGGGGAUUGUGUGCAGGGUGGGGUGGUGGCGGGGGAGGACGUUGCGGAGGGAGUGGCAGCAGAGCCGGUCCCCGAGGCUAUGCCGGGUGUAGCAGAGGCAGCGGACGUUGCUGUGGAGGGACGGCCUCAGGUGGUGGAUGAGGCUGUGCAGGCAGGACAACGGCGAGUCGAGGGGGAUAUAGACGCACGACGCGAGGUCCAGGAGACACCGACGAGUCCAGUCGUUCCGUUCUCGGGCCUGCACUUGGCCAUGGGCUGACAGUCGCAGGUGGUUCAGAUGGCAGUGCAUGGUGUGCCACCUCC